AAAGCACAAAGUCUAUACAUUAGGGCACGCUGAGCAGAGCAACACUGACACAUCCAUUAGCCAUUGAAGAUGAAGAGAAUUUCUCUGCGAAAUGGCAAUGCUAUUCCCUUUAUCUCUUUCUUCCCUAAUUCACAUUCUGCUUCCGCAAUUACAGUAAAGGGUAAAGUUGGGUUAAACAGUAGCAAUUUUGACAAAGUAAAGAGUUUAGAUGAUGCUGUGAAUCUCUUCAAUCAAAUGGUUAGAAUGAAACCUCUUCCUUCAGUUGUCGAUUUCUCUAAAUUGUUUAAGAAUAUGAUAAGUAUGAAGCAUUACUCUGCUGUCCUUUCUCUUUUUCGAGAAAUGCAGAAAUUGGGUAUCCCAAUUAGUGAAUUCAUAUUGAGUGGUGUGAUUAAUAGUUAUUGUCUGAUGCAUCGUUCUGAUUAUGCAUUUUCGGUGUUACCCAUUUACUUGAAGAGUGGCAUUCCAUUUGAUGUUGUAACCUUUACCACUCUAAUAAGGGGAAUCUUUGCUGAAAAUAAGAUUAAAGAUGCAGUUGAAUUGUUCAAAAAAUUGGUGAGAGAGAAGAUUUGUGAGCCCAACGAAGUCAUGUAUUCAACUGUCAUGAAAGGGCUUAGCAAAAGGGGGCAUACUGAAAAAACUUUAAGUUUGCUCCGUUUAAUGGAACAAGGGAGCACUAAGCCCAACAUAUAUAUCUACACCAUUGCUGUUGAUGCCCUUUGCAAAGAUGGAAACUUAGAUGCUGCUAUCACUCUUUUGAAUGAGAUGAAGCAGAGAGGCAUUCUUCCUGAUGUAGUCACAUAUAGUUCAUUAAUUGAUGGUUUGUGUAGGAUGGGUCAGUGGGGAAAGGUUAAGAUAUUGUUAUCAGAGAUGGUGAACCACAAUAUUUAUCCAAAUGUGCUCACCUUCAACAUACUAAUCGAUGGACUAUGCAAAGAAGGGAAAGUUGAAGAUGCAGAGGAAGUAAUGAAACACAUGGUUGAAAAGGGUGUAGAGCCUAAUAUAAUCACCUACAAUGCAAUAAUGGAUGGGUAUUGUUUGCGUGGUCAACUAGAUAGAGCGAGGAGAAUUUUUGAUAUCUUGAUAGAUAAGGGCAUUGAGCCUAGCAGUUUUAGCUAUAGCAUACUAAUAAACGGAUACUGUAAGAACAAGAAUUUGGCUAAGGCCAUGCAAUUGUUUUGUGAAAUUUCUCAAAAGGGAUCAAAACCUGAUAUUGUUACCUACAAUACUAUCUUGCAAGGUCUGUUUGAAGUUGGAAGAACUGGUGAAGCAAAACAAAUUUACGGUGAGAUGCUAUUUGCGGGUACCAAGCCGAAUGUAUACACUCAUGCCAUUUUGCUCAAUGGUUAUUUUAAGUGCGGACUUGUUGAAGAAGCUAUGUCACUCUUUAAUAAGUUAGAAAGAAGCAGAGAAUAUACUAAUAAUGCAUUUUAUAAUGUUGUCAUUAACGGAUUGUGCAAAAAUGGUAAACUUAAUGAAGCGCAUGCUGUUUUCGAGAAGCUUUCUUUCCUUGGAUUGUUCCCGGAUGUGAGAACAUACACUGUAAUGAUAAAUGGAUUUUGUCUUGAAGGGUUGUUUGAUGAAGCUAAAGAUAUUCUAAGAAAAAUGGAAGACAACGGUUGUUCUCCAAACAAUGUCACUUAUAAUGUUAUUUUGCAAGGAUUUCUCAGGUGCAACAAAAUUAUUGAAAUGACAUCUUUUAUGAAGGAAAUGGCUGGAAGGGGUUUCUCAUUUGAUGCAACUACAACUGAGUUUUUGGUAAACAUUGUAAGAGAGAAUCCUUCUGUCCUUGACAUGAUACCAGAGCUUCACUCGAAAAAUAAGAAGUGAAUAUUUCUUUUGUUUGGUUCAUUUGGCUACGCUAUCACUGUCCUGCAAAAGAAAUGACACCCAAUGCAUUUUCCAAAUGUGAUGGCAAUUAGAACAUUGCUUGAGCUUUCCAGACAACCUGUUGAGGAGGUACAUCAGUUUUGAUUUGAGAAAAAAUGGUGACCAUACUCAGUCUCUUAAAAAAGAAAUAAUGGGUAUCCUGGAAAUUCAAUUGCCUUCUGGUGGUGUAGUAUCUAUACAGUGUACUGCUUUUAGGCUGGACUGCUGCAAUACUAUUCCAGUGUUCAUAAACUUCAUGCGUUCUCCAUUGGUGAGAAACUAAAGGUGGGGGGAGUUGGGGUACAUGAGCCUUGCAAGGCUAUUUGUAUGAUAUAGACCUCUUAGCAUUUUCUUGUUGUAGUAUUGUUCUGUGUUUUUGUUACUUACUGUCUCUUGGACUUCCAGUACGUCUUUUCUCUAGACUGUUUUUAUCUUGAGCCGAGGGUUUAUCAGAAACAGUCUCUCUACCUCAUCUUUGAGUUAGAAGUAAGGUCUACAUACACUCUACCCUCCCCAGACCCCACUUUGUGGCACUACACGGCGUAUGUUGUUGUUGUUGGCCUUUAGCAUGUGAUUGAUUGGCAUCGACUGCUCCAUUUUGACGAUGUACGAUCUUUUUGAUGUGUUUUAGAUGGAGCAUGGCUUUUAUUGUGUGGCCUAAGUGGUAGCUAAAGUGGCAUCUGAUGCAAUAACUGCAUCAGAUACACUCUUGUUGUUAUCCUUUGGAGAUGUUCGUCUCGUUGCAAAUGAAUGUAGGGAUGAGCUGAACCAUUUAAAUGCCUACAUACAAGGAGGUAUUAGAUGAUGAUGGCAAGAAAUAAAUGGAUCAUGCCCUUAAUCUUGUAAACAGCAACAUUCUUUGGUUUACUGAACUAUUUUUGCAGUCAAGUGUGUUUAUGGUUUUCUUUAAAUGUAGGGGAAAUGGGGGAGGGAGUUAAAAGGUGCGGGAAUCGAACGCUCACCAACAAGGUGAAUGUUCAAGAAGUUAACCAAUUGAGUUAUUAAGA